AUCAUGUCCAGCAUCUCCCUUCUGCGACUGAGCGAGGAGCGUAAAGCCUGGCGAAAGGAUCACCCCUUUGGAUUCACCGCUCGUCCGGUUCGAAAUCCGGACUCGACCUACAAUCUCACCGAGUGGGAAUGUGCCAUUCCCGGCAAGAAAGGUGGUCUCUGGGAGGGCGGCAUCUACAAGCUGAAGAUGUUCUUCAAGGAGGACUACCCCUCGGCGCCGCCCAAGUGCCGCUUCGAGCCGCCGCUCUUCCACCCGAACAUCUUCCCCUCGGGCUCGGUCUGUCUGUCGAUCCUGGACGAGGAGAAGGACUGGCGUCCCUCCAUCAGCAUCAAGCAGAUUCUCCUGGGCAUUCAGGAGCUGCUCGACAAUCCGAACAUCAAGGAUCCGGCGCAGGCGGACGCCUACACCUGCUACAACAACAACCGCAAGGAGUACGAGAUGAAGGUGCGCGCACAGGCCAAGGCGAUGGCCAUGCAGCUGUAA